CCUCUACGUGCUUGAUCUACGUUGCUGACGAUGUUGUAGCCCGGGAUACUGAGAUGUUCGUUUUCAACCUCUUGGAUGAAGAUAAUAUCCAGGUCCAUGGCUCGUCCCAUCGUUACCACCCGCGGAGGUCAGAUUCAGGGAGCGACCUCGAGCUGUGGUUUAUUCUGCAGUUACUUCUCCUUUAUGGGAAUUCCAUAUGCCGAGCCACCGGUCGGGGACCUCCGGUUCCGCAAUACCGUUCCUCAUCGCGGGUGGGCCGGUAUCAAGGACGGAAGUGAGCACAGGCCCCAGUGCCCAUCGAGCAGCUUCUUCGGCGAUGGGUACUCCGGGGACGAAGAUUGUUUGUUCUUAAAUGUUUACACCCAGCAAAUCGUUGGAUCCCGCCCGGUCAUGGUUUGGAUUCAUGGAGGAUCCUUCUCCGGUGGAUCGGGUGAUUCCUUCAUCUACGGUCCAGAUCAUUUGGUGCAGCAAAAUGUAGUUAUUGUCACGAUCAACUAUCGUCUGGGACUUUUGGGAUUCUUCAGCACUGGGGACGAGCAUGCACAAGGAAAUUGGGGCAUGAAGGAUUGUGUAGAAGCCUUGCGUUGGAUACGGGACAACAUUGCUGCGUUCGGUGGCGAUCCGAACAAUGUGACCAUCUUCGGCGAAAGUGCUGGCGCUGCCGCUGUACAUUACCUUGUAUUAUCGAGAAUGGCUGCUGGCCUGUUCCACAAAGCUAUUGCUCAAUCCGGUACCGCACUUGUCCCAUGGGGUUUCCAAUAUAAUCCAGAAGAAAUGAAGCGCUACAUUGCAAAUGCUUUCGGAUACCCAACGAACGAUAAUGCUGAACUUGUACAACGUUUACGAUACACUCCGAAGGGUGAAUUCGUAAAUCUCCAAGAAGGUUGGUCAGACAUUGCCAUUCCUCGUGGUUUCCGACCGUUUGAUUUCGUUCCCACCGCUGAGCCUAUCAACUCGCCAGAACCAACCUUCCUAACACAGCGACCUAUUGAUAUUCUGAAGGCUGGAACCUUUAAUCACGUCCCAUUCAUCAUUGGAUACAACGAUGCUGAAUCGCUUUUCAUGGUUCACGAGCAUCGUAUUGAUACAACUGUUUGGAAUGAGUUCACAAGAAAUCCCCAUUUCUUCGUCCCACACUACUGGAAUAUCCCGGCCAACACAGCUGCGUCAACGGCCGUUAGCCAAGCCUUCCGAAAUCUCUAUUGGCAGGACCGCGCACUUGGACCAGAUAUCAUGCUAGAAUGGACUAAAUUCCAUACCGACCAACAAUUCACCUAUGCUUGUGAUAAAGCAGCUCGUUUAACUGCACAGCAUAAUACGGCACCGACGUACUAUUACAAAUUCAGCUUUGACGGUGACCUCAAUCUGGUAAAACGCGUUACCCUGCUUACUGCCUGGCCGGGGGCAAUGCAUGCCGAUGAACUGCCCUAUUUGUGGUCGAUGACCAACUUCGCAAUCUCACCCAUUCUGCCCACCAAUCCAGCCGUUACUGUUCGUAACCGCAUGAUUCGGCUGUGGACAAACUUUGCCAUUACUGGAAAUCCUACUCCCAACUCCGAUACCGUUCUACAGAAUGUCAACUGGGCGCCUUUCACCACGCAAAACAAGGCGUUCCUCGAAAUCAAUGGAUCUUUGCUCCCGGGGACCAACCCAAACAGUGAUAGGUUGGACACAUGGUAUCGGUUGGAAGAGCAAUACGCUAAUGAUCCUUUUUAUUAUCCAUGGCAGUAAAAUAUAAUCUUGGAAAUAAAUCAAUAUAUAAUACCGUGGAAAUAAAUCAAAACUCAA